CAAACUGAUAACCACACUCGCUUGAACGGAUCGGUAAAUACCAAUCCGAAAUGGUAAAUACCAUUUUCAUUUGGUUAUUCGCUUGAAUUUGAUUUAUGUCAUUUCAUAUUUUUCGAACUAUUGUCAUGUGUCAUCGUUAACAUUCAUAGGAGAAAAUGGCGUCCAUCCUAAAAUUCUCACGGUCUGCAGCAAAAUUAUCAAAAAACGGCAACGUUCUGAAGGCUUACAAAAAUGCGAGAACCGCUUCCACAGCUCAAGCAGAAGUCAAACAGGCUCUGCUGAACGUUCCACCCACAAAAGUGACAAGUUUAAACAAUGGCAUUCGGGUGGCAACUGAAGAUUGGGGAUCCCAAACAGCAACUAUAGGAGUCUGGAUAGAUGCAGGAAGUCGAUAUGAGGAUGCCAAAAAUAAUGGUGUUGCACAUUUUAUGGAACACAUGGCUUUCAAAGGAACUGGAAAACGAACCCAAACUCAACUUGAAAUUGAAAUCGAAGACCUUGGGGCACAACUAAAUGCUUACACAAGCAGGGAACAGACUGUGUACUAUUCCAAAUGUCUUUCAAAAGAUGUUCCAAAAGCAUUGGAAAUUCUAUCAGACAUCAUCCAAAAUGCCAAGUUAGGUGAAGCCGAAAUUGAAAGGGAGAGAGGAGUUAUCUUGAGAGAAAUGCAGGAAGUUGAAUCGAACUUACAAGAAGUUGUGUUCGAUCACUUGCAUGCAGUUGCAUAUCAGGGCACUCCUUUGGCAAAUACCAUUUUAGGUCCAACGGCAAAUAUUCGGUCAAUCAACUCGUCAGACUUGAGGUCAUACCUGGACAACCACUACAAGGCAAGCCGCAUCGUUGUUGCCGGAGCCGGUGGUGUGAACCACGAAGACUUGGUAAAACUUGCAGAAAGUAAUCUAUCGCAAGUCAGUAAUCUAGACAACACUUAUCCUGGUGAGAUCCCAAAACUAGCCCCAUGUCGAUUCACUGGCUCUGAAAUCAGAGUGCGGGACGACUCUCUACCUCUAGCUCACAUCGCUAUAGCUGUGGAAGGAGCUGGUUGGACUGACCCUGAUACCCUCACCUUGAUGGUUGCUUCAACCCUGUUGGGCGCUUGGGACAGGUCGCAGGCCUCUGCUAAGCAAAAUGCUACAGUGCUGGCCAGGGCUAGCGGAGAGGGAGAUCUGUGCCAUUCAUACCAGAGCUUCAACACCUGCUAUAAGGAUACAGGACUGUGGGGCAUCUAUUUCGUCUCCGAUCCCCUGAAAAUUGACGACAUGAUCUUCAACAUCCAAGGAGAAUUCAUGAGGCUGUGCACUAGUGUUACUGACGCCGAGGUUGAAAGAGCCAAGGCACUUCUUACUGCCAAUACACUUUUGCAAUUGGAUACCACAACUGCCGUUUGUGAAGAUAUUGGUCGCCAACUGUUGUGCUACGGUCGCAGGAUCCCACCCCACGAGUUGACCCACAGAAUCAACAGCAUCACGGCGCAAAACGUGCGAGACGUUUGCUACAAAUAUUUGUACGACAGGUGUCCCGCAGUUGCCGCCGUUGGACCCGUUGAACAAUUGCCUGACUACGUUAGAAUUCGCUCCGGCAUGUACUGGCUCAGAGUCUAAGAAACACCCAACAUCGUCUUUACUUUACUAAAUUAUUAUAGCUGAAUUUUCGUCGAACUUAAAUUCCGAUAUUUUUUUCAAGAGAUUGUACCAACGAUACGAGCGUAUUAUGAAACAUCUUGGAGAUAUGCAAUGUAAAUAUGUUAUGUUGAUAUGUUUUUAAUAAAAAAGUAAUUUAUGAUA